AUGAAUCUGCUACAAGAGCUAAUCAUCAUCUUCGUCAUCCCAUUGUCCAUUUGUAUGGCCAUUUGUGUGCUCAGGUUGUGGCUGUUUUCGUGCUCAAAACAUCCGUUAAAAGGUAAGUGGAUUGUGAUGACUAGGUAAUAUUGGGAGGGGUAAUUUUGGACCUAGAUAUGGGAAGGGUAAAAGAGAUACGGGUGUAGGAAGGGAGGGCCGGAGAUAUAAGAUUUUUUUAUAGAAAAUAGUUGUAAAAGGACAGACUACAACAAAUAAAAAUUCAAAAAAUUAGUGUUACGGAAAGACUAGUACAUGAUUAAUUAAGGAUUGAACUUUAGGACAAGCCUAGGGUAUAAAGAGGGUAUAAGAACCUAUAGUAGAGAUAGGAUAAGGAAAAGCUUUCGUAGGACUAUAAUAAGGCCAGCGUAAGGCUAUGAUAAAGUAAGGUAGUACAAGAGUAAAGCUAGGGUAAAAGUAGAGCAAAGAAGUAGGGUAAGAUAACGUUUAAGCCAAGUUUGGUUUAGGACUAAGAUUAAUUUAGUGUAAGACUUGAGUAGGGCUAGCAAUUCGUACUUAUUUUUUUAAUCCCGGAAGUUAUACCUUCAACUCAAUUUUAAGCAACAGGAAAAGCGUAAUAAAGGUUCAAAUUUCAUAUUUAUAAACUUUAGAAGCUAGAAAAAUGAGGAUCUAUAUCAAAACAUCCUGUCAAUUCUAGAGUUUUACAAAGUAUUAACUUGAAAGCCAAAAACCAGUUUUAAAAUUUUUGAUCAGAAAAAAUUAUUACAGAAUUAAGUACAUGGAGAGAUGACACAUCAGUAGUGAUGAGCCGACGGAACACCAGAAAGGAAAAAUUCGCUGAAGCUGUUCAAGAAGUUUAA